GAUAAACAUACACACACACAUAAAGCUCACGAGACUGAACUCGAUAGCGCGCGCAAAGCAAAAGUUCCUGAUUUAUGUACAUACACUCGCAUAUUCAUUACCGACAUUUUAGGGGCAGAUGUCCAGACUCUGUACUUCUAGGGACUCUAGGCUGAGGCGCACCGGUGUGCCACCUGCCACUGCUUGCCACCUUACCGGUGGCACACAAACUGGCUCCGACUAUUUUCUCGGAUCAACUUUAUGUAUACAUACACCCAAUAUGCACUUAUGAGGUGUAUCGAGCCCAGACGAACACGCGGCACCAUUGAGGGACUGAUUUAUUUAACUAGCCAAACACAAAAGUUGCACCGACACCUGAAAUGUUCAACCGGUGUGCCCUGGUGUGCCCCAGCCGAAAUCACUAUUAGAAAUUGAAUGAGGGACCCUGGGCGAUCCCUUUCCCGAGGCGAACGUAUCGGAUCCGCAGGACGAGCGAACGAUCGUGAAGCUGAUGCGAUUCCUGGAAACGCGUAUUCCAAGAAGAGAACUGCUACAAGAUAGUGUACGCGAGAAACAGAAUCAUUUCAGAAACAUUUUAGUGGAACUGGAAAAUGAAAAUGUAUCCUUAAGAUAUGCCAACGACGAACAGAAAAAGAUGAUCGCCGUGUUGGAGGGUCGUAUCUAUAAAUUACAGAAUCAUAUCGAUGGCUUGCUAUACAAAUUGAAUAAUGCUUGCGACGCUAUGAGGAGUAUACAGCAUGAAUUGAAAGACAAAGACAGGCAACUUAAAGAACACACGCUAGAAAAGCAAAAAAUAAUACAGAGAUGUAACGAUAAGAUACGAGUGGAAACCGAUAGAAUGACCGAGGCAAUGGAAACAAAAUUGCGUGAACAGCAUGAGCAGCUAACGAGGUGCAUCAAAAAGAAAGAUGACAAAUUGAGAUUGGUGGGGCAUAUACUGAGUGAAGAUAUGUCUAAUAAUGUCACCUUAACACCACCGAUAGCCUCGAGUUCAAAAAUAGAGACUAUGGACAAAGCAACUUUGACAAUAGCCAAGGAAGAAUCUCCGACUGUAACACCCAUCAAUCUUCAAGCUUCCAGCACUUGCGAGCAAAUCUGUCAAACAUCGUCUUGUGCAAAAACUAUUCCCAAUAAUGAUGGAAAAAUUACAGAAAGAUCGAGCCUAUCGUUAUCUAAAGAUUCUAAAAUGACGUUUGUCGAUUCUCAGAUUUCUGACUCUCAAAAUCAAAUCCAUCAAACGUUAUUUUGCGCAACAGGCAAUUCCAAUAAUAGUCAAAAAAAAGUCGCAAAGGAACCAAUCUUGACUAUAGUUAGAGAAUUUUCUACACCUUUGGAUUCGAAAAUCAAGAUUGAGGAAUCAAAUCCAUCGACGCCCGUUGAUUUUCUAUCAUCGUCUACGAACGUGACGACUGAUACCACGAUUGUUACUAAAUCCAAAUUAAAUUUCAAGGUGCCAGUAGUGAACCCGAGAUAUCAGCGUGUGCAAAAUGCAGAUAGUUGGAUAGAUCAUCGUCCUCCCGGAAUAGUUCCAACCGGUACGAUUUUGCAGCCACAAAUGCAACCUCGUAAAUUAACUAUCCGAAAGCUGACGAAGCCAAAGGAUUUCGUGGCCAGAUCUUCCAGAUACUGCCUUGUCUCUCAAGAACAAGAUACGGAUGGUGAACUUGAGACCAAAUUAUACAAGGCCGACGUGUUGCCGACUUGUGGAGGAGGGGCACAGAUCAUAUUUAACGAUAUAGAGUGUUUGAAGCAGAUAUCUCCGACCACUGCAAAACAUAACAAACAGAUAAAAACUGGAAAAUAAUCCGGUAAAUAAAUUUUCUGUACAUUACCAGAAAUCUUCGAGUAAACCCCCCAAGAUACUGUAUUGUAGUUUGCGAGGACACACAGUUGUAAGGUUGAUAUUUUUUCUCAUUUAUUUCUUGUUAUUUAUUUAACAGAUAUAUUUGAGAGUACCAUUUUAUUUCUGUUUUUGGUAUAGAUAUCUUGGAAUUCGCGCAGUCGACAUCGUUUUGUAAAAGAUUAAACUUAUAUGUCAGAAAUAAUAACGACUUAUUUUUCUCUUGCUUUUAUAAGUGCCGUAGAAUAUCUAACGCUUCAAUUCCAAAGUAUCCAUACGCUGUAAUAUAUAAGCUGGAAGACGGACUCUGUACACAUUGAGAUGGUGAACUAAAAUUAGAACAAAAGACUGCAACAUUUAUUUUACACAUGUAAUAAAGCUGCAAAAACGAUUUUUUGUACCGAUGAAUCUCAAUUUAUUUGAAUAUGAACAAAGAUUUAUCGUUGCCACACACGAGGACGCAUGCUAACGGAUGGAUGUAAUUCUUCAUUGAUUAGAGAACGCUGCCGCGACUGAAAAAUUCCGCUGUUUAAAGCAAGUUUUUUAAAUAUUAUAUUAUCUCUCAUACAAUUGACAAUCGCGUAGAAACGGUAGUACUUUCGAAAUCUAAAAUAUUCUGCAACAAAUACGCAGCAACGGACACCCCCUCCUCCUUUCGCCUAUCACACCUGUUAAUCCUGGCGCGCGCGAUUAAACGAUAAAAGAUAUAAAA